GCGACAUGUGUGCGGGCUCUCAACAAGACCUAUUAAAUAACACCGUUUUCUUGCAGACGCAUUCAUUGAAGUGCCAAUUAACUUUAGUUCACAAAGUAUAUAAUGGCUAUUUUUUGGCUUGUGAUCGGUUUGGGAUUGUUAAGGACAUCUGAAAGUAUUCCACCGACUCUACAACCCGGAGCUCCAGUCCAGUAUUGCAGUCAACAACAGUGUACAGAUAUCUCCACUACACUGAAAGCACUCCUCACAGACCAGCAGACCGCUAAGGGCAAGGACUGUGCUGAGCUGUAUAAAGGGGGUAUCCGCCGCAGUGGAGUGUACACCAUCAACCUCCUGAAUGGCGGUGGUGACGUGGACGUGUACUGUGACAUGAAAACAGACGGGGGAGGGUGGACGGUGUUCCAGAGACGUAUGGACGGCAGCGUGGAUUUCUACAGAGACUGGGCAGCUUAUAAAUAUGGCUUUGGGAAUCUGAACGGGGAACAUUGGCUGGGAAACAAGUACAUACACUUAUUAUCAAACCAAGGACCGUACGAACUGCGGGUGGAUCUGGAGGCCGCCACGAGAGAGAAGGGAUACGCCAAGUUCGCCUACUUCGCCAUUGGAGAUGAAACUGUGAAAUACCGCCUUACUGCAGGGGCCUUUUCUGGAAACAUUGGUGACAGUUUUUCCCAGCAUAGUGGAGAUCCGUUCACCACAAAAGACAAUGAUAAUGAUGAAUAUUCUGGGAAUGUGCGGUGCAGUACAAAGGAGCAUGGUGGUACGACAACUGUCACGGUACUAACCUGAAUGGUUUGUAUCUUCUCAGUGACAACGCUCCCGGUGCGGACGGCGUCAUUUGGCAUGGCUUUAAGGGAUUUCACCAUUCUCUGAAAG